UGUAUUGAGGCAAAGUGCCCUCAUAUGGUUCAAAAUGUAAAUAUUGGUGUUGACGUGCGAAAAUAGUUGCAAAUAAUAACUUAUAAAAUGUAACAAAAACAAAUUAAUAACUUCUUCCGUCGCCUGCUGCUUGGCGUGUUAAAAAAUAACAGUGCAGAAUCAUAUGGAAACUGACUAAUUCUCAUUCUAAAAACUGAAUUAUAGUGCUGUAAAUAUGACUUCAGUUUUUCGGAAACUCGCUGCUGUUAAGAUAAAAAAUGGGACAUUUAAUAAAGUUGGCGUCCAGAAAGUCAGCACGUGGUCACCCCUUGCUACAGCUUUCAACAGUAGACCAGCAAGAAAAUUAAACUUCAGCAUUUCACAAGAUGAUGUGGGUCUGUUUGGACUGCCAGAACUACGAACCUAUGACGGGUUUUAUUCCAUGAAAGAGAAUGCUGUUUUGGAAACAGACAAACUAAUAGCUGAGUCAUGUGAUCCAAACAGGUCACGAAAGAUGGUUGAAGUUUUUGACGAACUGUCAGAUACGUUAUGCAAAGUCGCAGAUCUGGCUGAGUUCAUUAGAAUUGCUCAUCCAAAAGCAGCAUACUCACAAGCAGCAGAAGAUGCAUGUGUUAGCAUCAGUGGAAUAGUUGAAAAGUUAAACACCCACCGAGAAUUGUAUUCAGCUCUAAGAAAUGUUGCAGAAAACAAGGAUAAAUUUGAAACUACACCAGUGGAUGAACAUGUAGCACAACUGUUCCUCUUUGACUUUGAGCAGUGUGGUAUACACCUUCCAGAAAGUGACCGUUGUCGUGUUGUGGAGCUCAAUGACUAUAUUCUGCAACUUGGCCAGAGAUUUAUGGCCGGUGCUGUAAGCCCUCGUGCUAUUCCGAAAGAAGUUCUGCCAAAGAACAUCAGACAUUUAUUCACUAUUGAUGGUGACCAGGUGCUAGUGACUGGUCUUUAUGCUGACUCUCCAAAUGCAGCUGCACGUGAGGCAGCAUACCGGAUAUUUCUUUAUCCAGAUGGACACCAAGAAUAUUUACUGGAAGAAAUGCUGAAGGCUCGACAUGAACUUGCCAAACUUUGUGGAUUUCCAACAUACAGCCAUAGGGCCCUUAAAGCUAGCAUUGUUGAAAUGCCCAGUGUUGUAAAUGAGUUUUUGGACAUUUUAACUGAACAGUUGUGGGAUAGAGCAGCAGCUGAUUUCCAUACUAUGAUGAGAAUGAAAUGUGAAGAAGAUCCUCUGUCACAACAAAAUUUAGCUCCAUGGGACACUCCAUAUUUUACCCAGAAAGUGAAACGUGAUUGGCUCCAGGUUGGAAGCUCAGAAUUUUCACCAUAUCUUUCCCUUGGAGCAUGUAUGGAGGGUCUGAAUACAUUGACGAAUAGUCUUUAUAACAUUAGCUUAGUGAAUGAUGAAGUACGUCCAGGAGAAGUUUGGUCUCCUGAUGUCUACAAGCUUGCAGUGGUACACAAAGAUGAAGGACUUCUGGGCCAUAUAUAUUGUGACUUUUAUGAAAGACCAGGAAAACCAAAUCAGGACUGCCAUUUCACUAUUCGAGGUGGAAAGGAGUUACCUGAUGGAUCUUACCAGAAUCCUGUUGUUGUACUGAUGCUGAACUUACCUACUCCACGAUGGUCAAGCCCCAGCUUGUUGACGCCUAGCAUGGUUGAUAAUUUGUUCCAUGAGAUGGGACAUGCCAUGCACUCAAUGCUUGCUCGUACAAAGUAUCAGCAUGUUACUGGAACUCGCUGCAGUACUGACUUUGCUGAAGUUCCUUCUGUAUUGAUGGAAUAUUUUGCUGCAGAUCCUAGGGUUGUACAGACAUUUGCCAGACAUUUUCAGACUCAAGAGAAAAUGCCAGAAGACAUGCUCAUUCGUUUAUGUGCAUCAAAGCAUUUGUUUGCUGCAUCAGAAAUGCAAUUACAAGUGUUUUAUUCAGCACUUGACCAAUGCUAUCACAGUCACCACCCAUUACAGGGCUCAACAACAGAUGUUCUAGCACAGCUUCAAAAUAAAUACUAUGGAAUACCAUGUGUUGCCAAUACAGCAUGGCAGUUACGAUUUUCUCACCUGGUUGGCUACGGUGCUAAGUAUUACUCGUAUCUACUUUCAAGAGCAUUGGCCUCCUGGAUAUGGCAGGAAUACUUUGAGGCAAAUCCUUUAAGUUCAUCUGCAGGUGAAAAAUAUAGGCGUGAAUGCUUGGCACACGGAGGAGGAAAGCCAGCAAAAGAGCUUGUAUCCCAGUUUCUGCAAAGAGAUGUGACACCAGUGAACCUUGCACACAGUCUUAUUACUGAAAUAGACAAUAAGAGAGAGCAUAUAAAUAAUGUAAAAAGAACAUCUUCCUGUCAAGCUUAAAGUGUUAUAUUGUACAGAACUGUAAAUUUAUAAAUAUUGCGAUUGUUUAUUUAUUUAAAUAUAAUUUUCUUGUUAA